CCAGCCCUAAGGGAGGGCGUUCCUGCCCGAUUGGCCCCGCAAGGAAGUCAUGAUGUUAGACCCCAGAUGGAGAGGUCUCUCUUCAACCACUGCAACCAACAUACACCAAACCUCUAAAACAUCUCGCCUAAUCCUCGUAUUGCCUUGUUUUUUCCUCGGUGCUUGAUUGCGAUGCCUAUCCGCAACCCGUUUCGCCGCGCUGGCGUCCCUGAACCGGUCGAUGAGGCCCAACGGAGCACACCGGAGAAUGGAUUCACGAAUACAGCAGUCUCAGGAGCGCAGCCCCUGCAGAUCAAAGACCCCGUUGAAUACAAAUUAAGUGAUAUCAACGACAGCGGCGUCUACCUGCCACCGUCCCCGCAGCAAGAGAAGCCAACCUUCUGGCACUCCAAGUCUAACACUUCUGUCGCCUCGUCGAAUCACCGAAGUCUUCUUAGCGAAAAUGAGCCCUUCAGUAUCUCGCGCGAGAGUUUUGACUCGUACAGAAGGUCAUUUGACAUCUCUGCCCGAUCACCUGUCCAAGAUUGCAUCAACGAGACAUAUCCCCGCCAGUCGCUGGACGCGCGCCGCUCUGUAGAUACUAGGCGUUCCUACGAUAUACGCCGCUCGCGAGCCACGCCACGGUCGUCGAUGCAACAACCCCGCAACAGCGAAAGCCAAGCCGAGGUACCCGAGGAGGGCUUCGAAGAGGUUGGAUUAAACGAUGAGCCAAAACCACAACCCCAGAAGAAGCGCGGUCUUUUUGCACGCUUUGGAGACAACAGCGAGAAGCAGGAAGAGCGACCAGCUUCGAGCCAUCACUUCUCCUUGACCGGUCGAAAGCGCGCCGAAAGCGGGGGGGCAGAACUGAAGCCCAUGCCGAGGCCUAUGACGGAGGUGCCCGUAGAGGGCCGGUAGGCUACUUGACAUACGAGAUGGGAGAUGGCUGAUGAGCAUGGGCAUGGGCAUACACGGCAAGAGCGCCCCGAUUGAGGUUCGCCAAGGGCUGGGUACUGGGACAAUUGAAAGGCAUCACGGCGUUCUGGGCUUGAUUUGGCAGCAUUACCCACAUAGAGCAUUGGGAACUCGGGCAUCACAAUCGCUACCAACAGAAGCGGGCAGGCGUUUCCUAAUUCUGGAUAACAUGAAAAGACCUACAAACACUAUAUGUAAUAAUGAAUCCUAACUGUUCCACCAC